AUGACUGGGUCGUCAUAUAUUGAAUUACCAGCAUACAUCGACAGGAAACGGGGCACCAUCAACCCACAAAACAAUGACCAGCAAUGUUUCAAGUGGGCGAUUCUUGCGAGGCAUGUGGUCGAUAAUUUAUCGGAUAAAUAUAAAUAUUGUGUCGGUAAAAACUAUACACAACACGAAGCAAAAUAUAAUUUUGAUGAUAUUUCGUUUCCAACACCACUAUCGGAUAUUUCUAAAUUUGAAAAAAAUAAUCCGAACGUCACUGUGAAUGUGUAUGGGUUGGACAAAAAGUUCCAGCCGCCGCGUAAAUAUCCGACGUACGAGGUGUACCCGCUACGUGUCGUUGAUGAGGAGAAAACCAACCACUUUGAUCUGUUGUUGGUGACGGACGGCGACAACUCUCACUACGUGUAUAUAUCGAAUUUUUCCAGGCUGGUCCGCGCUCAGAAAACCAGACACACUGGGAGUGUCGUGUUCUGUAAGAGAUGUUUUACGAGUUUCGACGACAGACGUCAUAAAUUCAAGUUGAGUGGGCAGGAGGCCCUGGACUAA